AUGGCAGUCGUCAAGACCUCGGAGAUGGACUACGCCAUCAAGCCUGAAGCGUCCGUUCCUUCCGUUGAUACAUCGGAUUGGCCGCUUCUGCUUAAGAACUAUGAAAAGCUGCUCGUUCGGACCGGUCACUUCACCCCUAUCCCUGCUGGCUCCUCUCCCCUGAGCCGUGACCUGAAGUCCUACAUCAGCUCCGGUGUCAUCAACCUUGACAAGCCGUCCAACCCUUCCAGUCAUGAAGUCGUGGCUUGGAUGAAGCGGAUCCUUAGAUCCGAGAAGACUGGUCACAGUGGUACCCUUGAUCCCAAGGUCACCGGUUGUUUGAUCGUCUGCAUUGACCGUGCCACCCGCCUGGUCAAGUCCCAGCAGGGUGCCGGUAAGGACGCCCCCCCUCUUAUCUCUGCCGUCAAGCGCCAGCUCCGUAUCCGUACCAUUCACGAGAGCAAGAACUACGAGUUCGACAACGAGCGCCACCUCGGUGUCUUCUGGGUCAGCUGUGAGGCUGGUACCUACAUCCGUACCCUCUGUGUCCACCUGGGUCUUCUCCUCGGUGUCGGCGCCCACAUGCAGGAACUUCGCCGUGUUCGUUCUGGAGCCAUGGGCGAGGGCGAGGGUAUGGUUACUCUGCACGAUGUUAUGGACGCCCAAUGGGUCUACGACAACAACCGCGACGAGUCCUACCUCCGCAAGGUCAUCAGUCCUCUGGAGUCUCUGCUCACUGGCUACAAGCGUAUCGUCGUCAAGGACAGCGCUGUCAACGCCGUCUGCUACGGUGCCAAGCUCAUGAUUCCUGGUCUUCUCCGCUACGAGGCCGGUAUUGAGUGCCACGAGGAGGUUGUCCUCAUGACCACCAAGGGUGAGGCUAUCGCCAUUGGUAUCGCUCAGAUGUCCACUGUCGAGCUCACUACCUGCGACCACGGCGUUGUUGCCAAGGUCAAGCGUUGCAUCAUGGAGCGUGACCUCUACCCUCGCCGCUGGGGCUUGGGACCCACUGCCCUUGAGAAGAAGAAGAUGAAGACUGCAGGAACUCUCGAUAAAUACGGUCGCCCCAACGACGCCACCCCCGCUCAGUGGAAGAGCGAGUACAAGGACUUUAACCUUCCUAUUACCGGAACCGCUGCUGUUGCGCCCUCCGCCGAGACUAAGACCGAGACCGAGGCCCCUAAGGCUGAAUCCCCCGAGCCCGUGAAGGAGGAGGUCGAAGACAAGAAACGCAAGCGCGACGGCGAGACGGCCGAGAGGAAGGCCGAGGCCAAGAAGAAGAAGAAGGAGAAGAAGGAGAAGAAGGAGCGCCGGAAGUCCAAGCAGGAUGAUAGCGAUGACAGCGACUAG